CGGGCGGGGAGGUCCGGGGUGCCGCCGGCCCCGGCAGCUGGCUGCUGCGGGAAGAUGGCGGAGCUGCGCGCGCUCGUGGCUGUCAAGAGAGUUAUCGACUUCGCCGUGAAGAUCCGGGUGAAGCCCGAUAAGACCGGCGUGGUCACGGAUGGCGUGAAGCACUCCAUGAACCCCUUCUGCGAGAUCGCCGUGGAGGAGGCCGUGCGGCUCAAGGAGAAGAAGCUGGUGAAGGAGGUCAUCGCUGUGAGCUGCGGCCCGGCGCAGUGCCAGGAGACCAUCCGCACGGCUCUGGCCAUGGGCGCUGACCGUGGCAUCCACGUGGAGGUGCCCCCCGCAGAGGCGGACCGCCUGGGUCCCCUGCAGGUGGCCCGAGUCCUGGCCAAGCUGGCUGAAAAGGAGAAGGUGGACCUGGUGCUGCUGGGCAAGCAGGCGAUCGACGAUGACUGUAACCAGACGGGGCAGAUGACGGCCGGGUUUCUGGACUGGCCACAGGGCACGUUCGCCUCCCAGGUGACGCUGGAGGGUGACAAGCUACGGGUGGAGCGGGAGGUCGAUGGGGGCCUGGAGACCCUGCGCCUGAAGCUGCCCGCCGUGGUGACCGCUGACCUGCGGCUCAACGAACCCCGCUACGCCACGCUGCCCAACAUCAUGAAAGCCAAGAAGAAGAAGAUCGAGGUGCUCAAGGUCGGGGACCUGGGUGUGGACCUGAGCUCCAGGCUGUCCGUGGUCAGCGUGGAGGACCCUCCCCAGCGCACAGCCGGCGUCAAGGUGGAGACCACCGAGGACCUGGUGGCCAAGCUGAGGGAGAUUGGGCGCAUCUGAGCCGCUCCCCGAAACUCAGCAAUAAAACCCUGACUCUCGA